AUGUCUGAUCAUGAACAUAAAGACCUUUACUACCACGACCUAUUUCAGUAUGAAGAUCAUGAACACCUCAAUGGUGGGAUGAUAAGCAUCAAUCACAACCAAAACUUGCAAGGGGUUGAAGUUCCUUCAUACAUGAACAACACCAGCUUCGCAGAGUGUUUGAAAGGACCUAUGGAUUACAAUACGCUCGCAACUGCUUUUGGCCUGGUUUCUUCAACGUCUGAUGAAGUUAUAUUUUCCUCCGCUAAUGAAGGAGAUCAAAAGCCUGCUGAGCAUAUUCGAUAUUCAGGUGGUGGUGGCGAUGGCGAUGGCGGAGGUGGAGAAACUCCUUUGACACCAAACUCUUCGGUGUCGUCUUCUUCAGCUGAGGCCGGUGCCGAAGAGGACUCUGGUAAGAGUAAGAAAGACAGGCAGCCAAAAGGGUCAUCAGAAGAUGGAGGAGAUAGCUCGAAGAAAGUGAUGAGCAAAGCAAAGAAGAAAGGAGAGAAAAAGCAAAGAGAGCCACGAUUUGCGUUCAUGACCAAGAGUGAGGUUGAUCAUCUAGAAGAUGGAUACAGAUGGAGAAAAUAUGGGCAGAAGGCUGUGAAAAAUAGUCCAUAUCCAAGAAGCUACUAUCGAUGUACGACCCAAAAAUGCGGGGUCAAGAAACGUGUAGAGAGGUCGUUCGAGGACCCAUCCACUGUGAUUACGACGUAUGAAGGCCAACACAACCACCCACUCCCUGCAACCCUCAGAGGAAAUGCUGCUGCUUCUUCUGCAUUCUUCCCACAUGCUGCUGGUGCCUUCAACUAUGCGCCCAUCACAGGAUCUGCAGGUCCAAGCUCCAACUUUCCUCAAGAACUCUUGUUUCAAAUGCCCCACCACUACAUGAUCAAUAAUAACAAUCAAGGGUCAUCAAGAAGUGUUGUUGUUAACCCUCAUCAUCCUCAUCAUCAGCAGCAGCAUCAACUACCUCGUGCUGAUCAGCAUGGGCUUCUGCAGGACUUGUUGUUUCCCUCCAUGUUCCUCAAACAAGAGCCAUGA